GGGGCGUGGCGGGUUUAUUGGGGGGGGGGAGGCGGGGGGGAUGGGAAAGGCGUGCGGCCCCUUUAAAUUUACCCAGGAGCCCUUAAAGGAGCCCCAGGGGCCCCACGGCGGCGUCCCCACCCCGGUUGGCCCCUGCCCGCUGCCGCCGCUGCCGCCCCGGGCCCCGCCAUGGACCCCCCGAGCCCCGAGCCCGGCCCCGACCCAGGCCCGCUCCCGGACCCCCCAGCCUCCCCACCAGCGCCGGGCCUGCGGGGAGGCCGCCGGAGCUCGGAUCACUGCGACGCCCGAGCCUCGCGCCCGGGCCGGAGCCGGAUCCCGGGCCGGGAUCACCGCCGGUACUACCACGAGCGGUGGCGCGCCGAGUACCUGAUGGAGUUCAAUGCGGCGCGGCACGGGAUGCUCUGCCUCGUGUGCGGCAGCGCCCUCGCCACCCUCAAGCUCAGCACCAUCAAACGCCACAUCCGGCAGAAGCAUCCCUAUUCCGGAGCCUGGGGACCCCGCGAGAAGCAGCUCGUGCUCCGCUCCUGGGAGGCACAUUUGGGGGUUCACCCCCACCCUGAGGGACCCACCCGAGGCACUGGGACAGGUAAUGGGGGGCUGUGGUGGGAGGCCAAGAUCGCUUCCAAAGCCCCCCCCGCGGCCGCGGGCACCGGGGACUCGCUCCGGGGGUGGCUCCGGGCAGAGCUGCUCCUGGACCUGGAGGCGGGGGGCAGGCGCCUGCGCUGCCUCCUGUGCGCCCGGGCCCUGCCCUCGCUGCACCUCGGGGACAUCCGGAGCCACGUCCUGGCCGCACACCCCGGAGCCCUGCGGCAGCGCCGAGCACCAGCGGGUCAGAGCUGGGGGGGGAAACGGGGGCACUGGGGACCUUGGGGCUGA